CCUGGACCUGUUUAUUGCGCGCUCCCCUUCUUCCCCCAAACAUCGUUUGAGUGCCAAUAAAUUAUUGUUCUCUCCUCAAUUUUUUUUUUCCGUAAAUAAGCAUGGCCACAUUCAUGAAACGGCCAAACGAUGACACAGAGUCCUUUGCACUCUCAUCACACACCAGCUUCAAAUCAGACCUGCCGACGCCCCCAGAAAAACGUCGAUUCUUUGAAAGCAGUAACAACAAUUUAACAGGAGCAACCAUUUUAUUACCUUCACAACAAUUAGAACACCAUUAUUCAUUGCUACCACAAGCCUCUCCAACCAUUUCGUCUAAAGAGCAAUCGCUUACAACGCCACCAACGAGUCCGUUAAAGACGCAUCCGAAACAAUCAAAAGCCUACAGUACAACGAAUUCAGUAGACUCUGAAGAAUGGCGACUGUUAGAACGACCACCGUCGGGUGCAUCUCCAGAAGAGUACAGCAAGUUCAUUCCUGUCAAUAUGGUAGAGCCUGUACGAAUGAGCCAAUUAAUGAUAUGGUCAGCAUAUGGAGCAAUGCAAAAAAAGAAGGUCACUUUUGGUAGAGGCACUGCAAACGAACAAAAGGCAGAUCGGAUAGCUUCUGAUAUUCAGACUCGGAUCCUUAAAGGACUGGUAAAAGGAGAGAUCAACACAUCGAUUUACGCAUAUAAACCAUCCCGUUUCACGCUGAAUAGCGUUAAGAAAAAUGCAAAUCCACGGAAUGACAUCAAUCGACAACGUAUAAGAGACUUUAAAGAAGCGUUAUCGAGCUUAGAAACAGAAGAUUACGAAUGGCGAGAAGUCACCAGCAAGCUAUUUCAGCAACAUGCUGCAAUGCUCGAUGAAGCGUCUCGAUCCUCAUUGGAAACAGAAACAACGAUAACCACAACAUCAACAACAACGGCAGCGGCAGCAACCAAAGAACCUAUACCCAUACCCAUUACUCAACAUCUGCUGGACGGAUUGGAUGACAACGAAAAACAGUUUCUGGAUACUUAUUGUCGAGAAGGGACCGACAGUGACACCGACUUAACCAUUGAACCUCGCAUAAAGUCAUCGGACAUGGUGGUGGAAGUUACGGAACUGCGUCAACGAUUGUCAGUCGUCAAAGAAUUCCAAAAGAGCGUCGAAAAGUUAUGUAGAGAUACAAUGGCAGGGAUCGCCCGUAAUAUGCAGCGAGGAGCGUUAGCAGUACCUGCUGAAAAAGCAUCCCUCGCAAAAGCAGUAGCACAAGAGAAAGCACUUGAAGACAUAGGAAAAGAGACUAGCAAAGAUAUUUUAAGGAUGCUUUCUCGAUAUACGGCCAACAACAUAAAUAAAUGAAACAAUGCGCGUUCCUGCAAAGAAGACUUCGUCGAAAUUAAUUGCUCCGACAGCGCGUAAACGAAGCGCGGGGCGCGUUUUUUCUUGUAG